CUGAAUUUCACUGAUCAUCAAUAUACAUACACUGUUUGACUGAAUAUGAAUAUUCAUAUAUCACAUUAAAGUUUUUCCUGCAGUUUAAACUGCUUCAGAUGACAGAAAGGAAAGUAAGAAUGACACAUGCAGACAAAACACCAGGGAGUUCAAAACUUGAAUCCAUCAAGAGAAAGUCUGAUGACCCACCCUCAUACAAUGAUGCCAUGAGAUUUCCUGACAAUUACCACAAUACAUUUCCUGACAAACUAUUUAAAAGUGAACGCCAUACAUUUACCUGCCUGAAGGCUAUAUUUGGUAUCUUUUCUGGAAUAUUGACUGGUGGAAUACUGUUUGUUCUGCUAAUCUACAGUUUUGGUUUUGCCUUGGAUAUAGCUGGAUAUAUAUCUAUUGGAGUGACAGCCUUAGCAUGUCUAGGUCUAGCACUAUCUGUCCAUGUCCGCUGUAUCGUGGUACUGAUGAUUCCUAGUCUAUUUACUGGUAGAGGAAGGGUAGCCAUCUUGGCAGUUAUAUUGGGACUCCUGUUAUCAAGACCAAUCAAAAACAUCUCUAUAAAUACUUCAGAAGUAUCCAGAAGUAUGGCCUGUAGUACCGAACUCUUUCAGAAUCAGUCACACUCUCUCAGACAACAGCUCCAGGUACCAAUAGAGCAGAUUAAAGUAGCCUUGGGUAAACAGGCAGAGGAUAUAAAGAUGUUAGGAACAGCAAUAGAUAAAGCCAUAGAACCAAUUUAUAAUGCUCUUGUUGCUGUUAAAAAAGGUGUCAAGUUAGUGAGUGGUGCAUUGGAUACUGCUUCACAGGAGUGUGAUAGAGUAAUGAAUGGUGUGUAUUAUGACUGUGUAAGAGAGCUCAACAAAGCAUACAGUGCUUGUAAGAAUACACUUAAUAAUGUUAAGAAGUAUGUUCCAGGAUUAGAUUUAACACCUAUCUGUAAAAUCCUUGAUAUAGAACAGGUCUGUGUUAUAGUCAAACCAUCUUUUGUAUGUUCACCAGUCAAAACGCUUGAUAAUGCAGCUGAGAAACUAGCAGAAUCUGCUGUCAAUCUGGUCAAGGAAGUCAAUAAAUGGUUUCAACUGAACAUCAUCAAGAAGUCCCAGAUUGACAAUGUUUAUAAUGCUUCUAAAACAGCUAAAGAAUUGAUAGCGGAGGUUGAUGCCGCCCUAACAGACAAGAAAAUAACAUUCACUUACAUCGUGGAAAUUAUGAGCAAACUUUUAGCUCUUUCCCUUCUGUUGUUACUAACCCAAUCAUUUUUUUAUUUGAAAAAUUAUCUAGCCAAGGAUGAAUUUGAUAACAUUUACAUUACUUCCCAGUUUAAGGGUUAUGAUUCUGAAACACGCGAGAAAGGACAACAGGGUGUGUUACCUCUUCAAAAGAAGGAAAAGAAACUAUACACAGAUAGUACAUCCUUCAUGAUGUCUCCAAAAGAAAGAAGUCAGAGUUUGAUGGGCAUAUCUCAGCUCCUCCUACAUGUGUUACUGAGUGCUCUGAUUGUGUUCCUUAACUAUGUACUGUUCUAUAUAUUGUUUCUUGUAAACAGGUAUGGCCAGGUGAAUGUAGAGGUCACUGGAAAAAGUAAAAUAAACCUAAAGGUCAAAGGAGGACAAAUGGCUGCCUUAAUCAACAAUUUUAUAAAUAACAUUAACAUUGAAAACACGUACGAGGCUAGUUAUAAUACAACUGUAUGCCUGCCAAGUCCUACGCCUCCUGAUGCUACGGACAUUCCAGUUCUUUGUUCAGCUUACGCUGCUGCUUUACUCCUGGUUUUACUGCAAGCCUACGGAGCAAGAUACAAUCGUAAAAUAUGUGCCUUCUACUAUCCUGAACAGGAAAUGGAACGUAUCGCUUUUCUGCAGAAGAAAAUCAUUUACAACCGCAAGGGAAGGCACACUUUUAUUAAACAGCAUGUUACUUCAUUAAAAAAACAAAAGAUAGCUGAGCAGAAAAUGUCUGUUAAACAAAUGUUAUCUGGGAUAUGUCCCUGCUUUAAAGUGGAACAAACAGAUCUAAAAUUCUGUAUGAACUGUGGAGCUAACCAAGGGUCUAGUCGUACAUUACAAGCAUGUAAGAACACGGACUGUGAUGCAACUUAUUGUUUGGAAUGUUUUUAUGAUUUUGAACGUGUUUGUCCUAUCUGUAGAAAAUAAUAGCACCGCUUUUAUAGUAUAUAUCUAAUAUCUAAUUAACUUUUAUAAUCAAGAUUUAAUUAAGAAUACAUCCCAUGAUCAACAAGAUAUGUGUAAAACUGCUC